AUGUCAUUGUCACCAUCGUCGUCUUCACUAUUGCCGGUGCCAUCGUCACGAUCAUCGGUUAUCACCCCCAAAAAGAAGUCAUGCGCCGCUGCUGCACCGAUGCAGCAUAUAUUUUCAGAAUGUAAAACAUUUUUUGCGAUCAAAUACGUGCUGACAAUGAGGGGUAUUUGGAAGCGCAAUCGGGAUCCAGAAACAAGGGCGCUGCUCAAUUACCAACCACGUUGGACCAGAUUGAUGCCUGAUCGGUAG